AGGAAAAGAAAUGACUUCUAAAAACACUCUUGUUAAUGGUUUGAACAAAUUCUCAGACCCUAACUAUGUUUCAAUUUUCGACACGACGCUUCGUGACGGAGAGCAAGCUCCUGGUGCCGCCAUGACCGCUAAACAAAAAAUGGACAUUGCACAUCAGCUAGUCAAGCUUGGUGUUGAUGUUAUUGAGGCUGGUUUUCCAGCUUCCUCUGAGGUUGAGUUUGAGCUUGUAAAGUGUAUAGCACAUGAAAUUGGUAAUAGCAUAGAUGAAGAGGGCUAUGUACCGAUGAUUUGUGGUUUGGCGAGAUCUACUAAGGAAGAUAUCGAUAGAGCUUGGGAGAGCUUGAAGUAUGCAAAGACACCGAUGAUUCAUAUGUUUAUCUCGACAAGCGAUAUACAUAUGAAGUAUAAAUUAAAUAUGAGUAGAGAACAAGUUGUGGAGAGAGCAAGGAGCAUGGUGACUUAUGCAAGAAGUCUUGGGUUCAAGCAUGUUAGGUUUGGCUUGGAAGAUGCUACAAGAUCUGAUAAGAAGUUUCUUUGUGAUAUUAUUGGAGAAAUUAUCAAAGCUGGUGCAACAUGCAUUUGUCUUGCUGAUACUGUUGGAUGCAAUUUACCAAAUGAAUUUGGACAACUAGUUGCUCACGUAAAAGCUAAUACCCCAGGAAUUCAAAAUGUGAUCCUUGCGGUACACUGUCACAAUGAUCUUGGACUUGCUACUGCCAACACAUUAGCUGGAAUUUGUGCAGGAGUAAGUCAAGUAGAUGUAACCAUCAAUGGUAUUGGUGAAAGAGCUGGAAAUGCUUCUCUAGAAGAGAUAGUAAUGGCCAUAAAAUGUCGUGGAGAGGAAGUACUAGGUGGUGUCUAUACUGGGAUUAAUACAAAACAUAUAUUCACAACAAGCAACAUGGUAGAGGAGUAUAGUGGACUUAAGCUGCAGCCACAUAAGGCCAUUGUGGGUGUUAACGCUUUUUCUCAUGAAAGUGGAAUUCAUCAGGAUGGAAUACUAAAGAACAGAAGUACAUAUGAGUUUAUAUCUCCUGAAGAUAUUGGAUUUAUUCGUGCAAGUGAACAUGGUAUUAAAUUGGGAAAACUCAGUGGGCGUCAUGCAUUGAAAGCCAAAAUGCUUGUGCUUGGAUAUAAUUUUGAGGAAAAAGUACUUGAAGACCUCUUUUGGAGAUUUAAGUCAAUGGCUGGUAGUAAAAAGAAUAUAACAGAUGAUGAUUUAAGAGCACUUAUAUCAAAUGAAGCUAUCCAGACUCAAAUUGCUUGAAAACUUGGAGAUGACUACACAAAUACAUGAGGUUCUCACCUAUUGAUGGCAGAGCUUAUCUAAUGUUGCAACAGCCAAGGGUUUUGUGCUACAUUAAUUGAUGUAUUAAAUUUACUUAAAGGCUCUAAGGUGUGGAUUCAACAUUUUAAUUUUAUAAGUUCAAUCUUUUAAAGUUUUUACUUUUUAGUAUUGAUCUUCUUGUACUUUCUAAACCAUGAGUUUAGACUUUUAUUUGUUGUAAUUUUAAUAAAUUUAUGAUCCGCGUUAA